GUUAGCAUGCAAGCUAAACACGUCUGCUCUGUGUUAUCCAUAUAUCACUAAGGUUAGCAUGCAAGCUAAACACGUCUGCUCUGUGUUAUCCAGAUAUCACUAAGGUUAGCAUGCAAGCUAAACACGUCUGCUCUGUGUUAGCAGAUAUCACUACGCAAGGUUAACAUGCAAGCCAGCUAGCCCCGGGCCAGCUCUCUUGUAAUAUAGGGCCGUGCCUGCACUCUUGUAAUACCACUGUGCACCAUGUGUGGUGCUGUACUACACGUAAAUACAAUGCAAGUCAUUGGAACAGUGCUGUCUCAAUUGUAAUGUAAAGAAUUUUACAAAUCUCCUUUAAGGUGGGUGUGGUGCGGAUGAGGUGGAGUUGAGUUGAUGUUGUAGUUGAGUUUGAACAUGGCCUUUAUGGGUCUCCCUCUCCCACAGUCACCAUGGACAUCAUCUCGACCUUGCUGGACGUGGCAGAGAAGCUGUACUCGCAGUGUCAGAAGGUGCAGGACAACAAGGACCAGUGCGGCCGCCUGGGCGGGUUUGUGUCCUCCCUGAAGGACGUCCUGCAGAGUUUGCAGGGGCAGGACCCCAGCCGCCGGCCUCCGGACCUAGACGCGCGUUUGGCCAAUCUCGGGACGUGCUUCGAGGACGCGGAGCAGCUGGUCGUCAAGUACGGCAGCACCAGUAGCCUGAGCAAGUUUUUCCAUGCCAAGGCCAUGGAUGAAGAGUUCCAGGGGGUGUUCAAGCGUCUCGAAGACCUGCGCCAGCUGCUCUCGUUGUCUCUGCAGGUGGAGCAGAGGGGCCAGGUGCAGUCCAUGCACAACGUCGUCAACAGGGCGGAGGACAAGAUCGACUUGCUCCACGAGAAAAUGGACAAACUAAUACAAAAUAAAGAGGUGAAAGCAGGACCUGAGACUCAGACCCCUGUGGCUUCCUCACUGGAUGCAGCGGCGGCGCUGGGUGCGGUCCGCAGCAGGUUCGUGGAGAAGGCGAGUCUGCCCCUGCUAAAGCAGCUGCUGGACGAGCUCCAGACGGCGCGCGUGCUAAACUCCGAGGAGGCGGAGUCUGUGCUGGAGGAGCAGUCGGCCCGAGCUGACCGCGCCCGCUGCCUCAUCGACACCGUGCGCAAGAAGGGCCGCCGCGCCAGCGAGACCAUGAUCACACGCCUGAGGGACAAGGACCCUGAACUGGCCCAGACCCUGGGGCUUGCCUGA